CCCCCACCCCAUCGUUCACGUGCUCAUUGUGUGUGGCAUUAGCUGGCUUAAUCAUCUUAUCAAAGACACACCACCAUGCGCUGCCCUUAAUCCAGUUCCACCAGAUGCAGUUUCCUAACCAGACCGGGCCAGGCGGCCCCCGUACACUGCUACAAUCAAUCAUUAAAAAUCGAUACGUCUCGUAUUUUCGCGACCAAUUUUCACGCUUGCACGAACGCUGCUGUAACUUUAUUACCGUGGCCAAAUGACACACACCGACCACCGAUCAGCGGCGAUUACGAAAGACUGGUAAACCGAACACCGCGGCGGUACACUUGGUAGCGAUCGUGCGGCGGCCUGCUGGUUUGCCCGCGAUUGCCCGCGAGCGAUUGUUGUAAGGGUAGCAGGCAGACAGGCACGAAAUGUCCACGAAUUUGCAUGCCAAAAUCUGCUGGUUAAAGUGCCCAUUAAAGUGCGGCCAGCGAUUGUAAAGGCAAUUGUAAGGGCAAUAUCGUUUCUGCAGUUGUGAAAUGUUGGCAAUAAUGAGCGACCAAUGUCUCACGAAAUCAUACAUCCAGAUCACUAUUACUAUUGCUUUCUUCCCACUCCACGCUGCUGCUUCUUCUUCUAGAUGUCUUUUGGCCCUCGGAAACCAACCAUACCGUCACGGCCUUCCCGUCCCGGUGUGGUGAAAAAACCCAUCAGCAAACCGGUAACGAAGAAUGAAGCGGCAGCAAAGCUACAACAGCAGCAAGCCGUCAAGCCGAAAGGAACAUCAUCCACUGGAGCCGCUUCCAAGAAGACGAUUGCACCCGUUGCACCAAAGCCAAGCCCCCCGAAACCUCCCACCCCGGAGCCGGUCUAUGAUUAUGAGUCGGAUUUCGAGUCCGAUCAAAGCAUGCCCAGCCCAGCGGGCGGCUCGUCUAGCACGGAAAGUAGCGCCGAGAAUACGGAAUCCAACAGUUCCUCUUCGGAGGGAGGGGACGAUGAAGAGGAAGAAGAUGAGGGCGAGGAGGAGAAAAGGGAAAGUGUGCCACUGGAAAGGGAACCAAACGUUACGGCACGUCCCGAGGUGCAUUUAAACACACCAUCGAUCAUCCCCAGAAAUGCAAGAAGCGUUGACAUUUUGAGUAAGAUCUCCCUCAACGACAUUACGGUGCAGGUGUACCGGUUCGAUCCGGAGGAGUACGCGGAGCUGAGAACUAGCUUCGGCAUUACCAGCACGGUUGCGUACGGGAAGCACACGCAGACGGACUGCGGCAUGGUGUCAACGGCUUCGCAAACAUCCGCGAUCAGUGUACGCGAUCGUGCGACUUGUAUGCAUGAAGUGAUCCGUUCGCCGUACCACGUUGAAGAGGAAGAGGAAGGGAUCGAUCGCAUGCAUGGAGCUGAUGGGGAGGAGGAUGAGGUGCAGAAUUACAGCAGCUUGCAGAACAUUCAGCGUAUGUUUGGCACGCUUAACGGUGCGCUUGAACGACGAUUCUCCAAGGUCAGUGGUGGGCCGAGAUUAAUGCCCACCGCCGGACACGACGGACGAAAGCAAAGCCAGCAACGAAGCAUUCUGCAGCUACUGCGCAAAGCUGCACCGAUCGUUGAGACAUUGCUGGAAUCGAGAAGAACUCGAAAUGAAGAGGAUAAAAGCAGCACCAAUCACAGACAGCAAGAUCAAGACGAUCGGCUGGAUGUGGUCCGUUCGUUCGAUGCUGGCAAAAUGUGUCCCGAGUUUGAGAUUAAGCUAGUGCACACGAAAGGGACAGAUGCGCCAGAGAACAUCACCUCUUAUGUGCUUGAAUUUUGGGCCCGUGGUACCUACUCCCGGCCGAUGUACCGAUUCUCCUCCUGGUCUACGAUCGUGUGCGUGGACUACGAGUUUCGCAACAGCAUGAUGGUGUUCGGUGGUACUAGUGAUGGGACCUUGCAGAUGUGGCUGGGAGAUGCCGAUCGAUGUCACAGUGAGGUCUUGCCGCCGCAUCAGAUCGUAGCAUCGAAGGUGCCUCGGAAGCACACGCUCAGCUGCUGGGAAUUGGUAGCUGUCAAGGUGCUUCCAGUGCCGAUCGUUCGGGACAGUAGCUUGGAGAUUGGAAGUGAGAAUGCGUUCAAUCAGGUAUUUGGACUGUUCUCUACCGGGAUCAUCGUCGUGUGGAACGUUCAGACACAGCAACAUGGCGCUGUCCGUGCAGACGAUGUACUGAGUGCAAAGUUAGGCCCUCCAGGCGUUACGCUGGUACAAUCGAAGGUGAUAGACUUAACCAGUCGUAUCGGUGGCCGUUUGCCGCACGAUGCUUUGCGUACUUUUGAGAAUCUCCUGCUGCACGAUCAUCAUCAGAUGGUAAUGUCUAGCGGUCAUGCCGUGAUUCGGCUGAGCCACUUUGUCCAAUCGGAGUACGAUCCUGUGCUGUUGAUUCAACCUGACUCUUCUCACUCGAUCGUUAAUCUGAAGCGGAUGGUACAAGCGAACGAUACACUGUUUGUGCUGUACUCCAACAAAACGGUGCGCGUGCUAAAACUCUGCACCGAGCCGGGUGGCCGUGAGUCGGCCCAGAACCACCAUCACAAGCACGACGAUCAGCCGCAUCUGAUGCUGAGCGUUUGCACCAACAAAUCCUGCACCAUCCAGAGCAUCGUGCACGAUGAGGCUAAACGAUACGGUAACGGGAACGGAGCGAGUGAAGGUCGAGCGGAUGGUGGUGGUGGGAGGACGCCGGUUCCGAAAGUAACCGAUCGUGGCGAGAAAGGAGAGGGUGAAGCGUUCGCCAAACCACGCUUUCACCACGGCCAGCAGAUAUUGUUUUUCGAUGCUCAACAUCCGGACGGUAUGCUCAAGGACGUGUCGUACCGCGAGCGAAGGUUGGUUUAAGUAUGGCGAAAAUUGGAAUAAGAUUAAACAUUGUGUGUUUUUUUUCUUAAUCAACUUUAUUUUGAACGUAAUACAACACCAUACAUGUGUAGAA